UAUCUCUUUCAGUGUUUGUGCAAGUGAGACCAGGAAGGAACGAUCGCCCGUACGUCGCUGAUCAGCACCCGAUCCGAUCGGUGCGCAGUUGCUAAGAAACCUAGAGCUGGUAGUAGUUUAGUUCGAAGCGGACACCUGCUAAAAUAUAGAGGAUUUUUGUCGAAUUUUUUGGCCUAUUGCGAUUAAGCUGGUUCAGUGACGGUUUAUUGGCGCGCAGAAUCCCUCGGACGGGCGGAACGGGAACGGAUCCGAUCGGUUUUGAGCCUCGGUAUCACAUCCGGAAGUUUUGCGGUAAAUCUUUGCGCGUGUGGGAUUUGAACUCGACAAUCAGCGACGAACGCUGUCGGGAGUGCCGAUUGUGAACAUACAGGGAUCUCUCUAAGUGGAUCCACUGGAAGUGCGCUAUCUUGUUGCGUUUAGUGUGUUGUAUUUACACCCUGGUGAGCUGCUAGGGCAGGAAGAAGAAGAAGUGAGAACGAGAGAGUGACCUCUCUCCCCGUAUCCGUCGCCAUCGUUCGCUGUCCAGCUUAGCUCAGGACAAAGACAGAGACCCCCACACGAAGCUCCCGGCCGCCGUCUCAGUGGCAAUAGUGGACGGGAAAAGCACCGUUCGAAAACAAGGGAAUUAAUAUGCAAAAGCUGGUGGAAUUAAUAGCAGCCCCUUCGGCCCCAAACAACAACAGCAGCAGCCUACGGAGCAACUAGACGCCGUGGAUAAUAAGAUGAAUGAGUGAACGUUUGUGAAAAAUAAUAAUUGCCAAUGAAUAGCCGAGGUGCCAAUCGUGCCAGAUCGCAAGAAAAACAAAAAAUCGAAAGACAAGGCUUCCAAUUUUGCGUACUUUAGUUAAGGAACAUAUUUUUUAUUUUAUUAUUCAGAGCUAAAUUAUAAUGCUGUUUUAAGGAAUUGCUUCAAUUUCAACCAAGUGUGAUAUUGAGUGGAAUACUGCAAGGGGAGAAAUUUUUGAGAUUCUUGCUGCUGUUAUUAUAUUGUUUAAGAUCGUAACGACAUCCGUCCAACUUCCAAGUGCCAUAACAAAGUUAAGUGCAUCGCCAUAGUAGUAGUUUUAAAACAAGUUAAGCCUUCGGUGGAUGAAAAGUAAAGAAAAAGUAAAUAAUCAUAAAUUUUAAGAGAAACGUGGAAGCCAUCAAAGCCAGCCAGUCAAAAGUGUGUGUGUUUGUGCACGGUGAAGAAAAGAUAAAAAAUUGAUAACAAUUUAGCAGGCGUGUAAAUUGAAUGUCCGCUCCGACCGAUGACAGUUUUAUACACACUAAAGUGAGCAAGUGUUGCAAGUAGCAGCCAGCGACAGCCGAAGAAGGAGAAGACAAAGAAGCAAAGUAAGAGCACAAGUUGUCAAUCUCUGUAAGAAAAGAAGUUUCUACAAGUGCAUGCUCGCGGAGAGUGAAAAUACAACCGAUAAGUGUGCGAAUGCGGGGAGUGCUCAUUAAGUGAUUAUAUUCAGCUAUGUAAGCGUGAAAUUGACCGACAAUUAGCGAACGAAUCCGUCCAGAGAUCGUGAGAUUUAGAAAACAUAGAAUGUGAUACAAGUCGUCUUUUCGGCGAGAAAUAAUACUCAACAGUGCUUCCAGUAAACACAGUAUUAGACUAGCAGUAAAUAAAGUGCAAUUUCUCUCAUAGAGGCCAACGAAUCAGCAGGAGAAAGUUUGAGUAAAAAUGUCUUCCUCUCCUGAAAUGCAACAACAACAUCAUCAACAACAGCAACACCAACAACAGCAUCAUCACCAACAGCCACAGCAGGCACAUAGCGAGAUUAAAUCGAACCCACCCACGCCACCACCGGAGCUGGCGACAAUGACUAAUGUCAGUGUGCUGGACCUGCACAAAGACUACGCGGGGGAUGUGGGUCAAACAAAAGUUUACGACAAGGAAACCAACACGGUGUACCUGUACGCCAACCCAGGCCAUAAGAUCAACACGACAGUAGCAUCCAUACAGUCUCCUCAGCAGCUGACCACGAUCGUUCAAGCAGGUCAUCCUCAUCAGUUGGCCUCCCCCGAUCAUGAUCAUACAGAACAGAACUUACUGCAUUCAAGACUGAUUCAAGAACAGCAGCAGCAGCAGCAGCAGCAGCAGCAGCAGCAGCAACAACAACAACAACAACAUCAUCAUCACCACCACCACCACCAUCAACAACAGCAACAGCCACAGCAUCCCCAUCAAUCGCACGAAGAGGAUCAACACGUACAGCGACUCUCGCCAGGAGACCAGGUAAUUGACGGAAGAUUAAUACCGUCCGGCCUGAAUGGUGAAGUCCACCAUCAGCAACAGCAGCAACAUCAGUCACUGGCCCGUCUCUCGCCGGACGAUCAAUCAGUGCGUAUGCUGGACAACGCACACAUCCAGCGCCUCUUGGGCAACCAACAGAUCAUCAGUCGCGAGAUCAUCAACGGCGAGCAUCACAUCAUCACGCGCAACGAGAAUGGCGAAACGAUUCUGACCCGGAUCGUGAAUGCUCCGGCCACCACCACCGAUCAAUUAAUCAACAAACUCCCAACCGAUCCCAAUGCCAUUUACAGCGGUCAUCACGCAGCAACAGUGCCCGGCGGUGGCCCUUCGACCCCAACCGAUGAACAACUUCCAACUACUGUCCUUCAGUAUGAGAAAGAAAGCGACGACAAACAACCUCACCAUCAUCAACAGCCGCAAAUCUAUGGCAAUCCAGCAAACGAUUCCUCCCCAGAUCAAGCGACCGCCAUCAAUCAACCCAAACAGAUCGUCUACACUGUUGGUGGCGAGCCUAAAAACGUCAUUUAUGGUGAUCCCAAGGCUGCCAUACCGCACUUUGAACCGAUGAACCAAGAUCCGAAUGAUCAGGAACCGAAGUCCCAGAUCGAUUAUGUAUACAACGAUGGCAACAAAACUGUGAUCUACACCGAUCAGAAGGGCUUGGAGAGUUUGUACGCCAAUAAUGAGCUGGGUCUGAUGGAUGGAACGCAAAUCGUGGUCCAGGGGAACCUCCAGUAUACGCCGCAACAGGGGCCGGACGGUACUACGGUGUACGUGGUCGCUUCCGAUAUGAACCAAGACGAUGUUAAUCAGCAGAUUCAAAGCAGCCCCGCUACGAAAAUGAACGGCCAAACCACGCCUCUGGACGUACCAGGCCUAUCGCAAAAUGAUAUACAAGGCAUACUGCUUGGUUCACACCCAUCAUCGCAGUCGAUAAAUGUCAAACGUGAGCCCGAAGAUCUACGUAAAGAGCCGAAAAAUCCACGAAGUCAAAAGGUGUUGGUCGUUCAGCCCACAUCGCCCUCGAUACAGAUUAAAGAACCUCCACCCAGCCCUGGAAGUCCUUCGGCUGAAAACAUGUAUGCAGCCCCCGGCACGAUCUACGUGCAGGGUCCAUCACAUCAGGCCAGUUCGGCUGCGACAGCAGGUUCCAAUGUGAACACCAAUUCGCCCAGUCCCAGCUUCUACGACCAGCAUGGAAUGUACCAGCAGAGAUUGGGACCUGGCGGUGCGGCGUUCAUUGCCGAUCAGUACCCGUAUCGCGAGUAUUUCGAUCCACAGGGCUAUGCCCCUGCCCGUACCAUUUAUGGUACGUCGGACUCGGAUGGGCCCCAGCCAGCAACGACCUACGAGGGUCGCUACUCGUCCAAGACGGGUUCGAUCUACACCAAAACCAUCACCUCCGCCGCCGGACUGACCGUGGAUCUUCCCAGUCCUGAUUCGGGUAUUGGUGCCGAUGCUAUUACUCCCAGAGAUCAGAAUAAUGUACAACCGUCCUUCGAUUAUACAGAACUGUGCCAGGCACCGACCGGUUUGCUGGAUCCAAACUCUAGCGCCAUACCGGCAUCGGUCGCAAGCCUGCAGCGGAACCUGGUGGUCAACGGUGGCCAGAACAGUCCCACGACCUCGAUUGGCAGUGCGACAGCUCCGCCUCGGUCCCGACCGUGGCACGACUUCGGACGGCAGAAUGACGCCGACAAAGUGCAAAUACCAAAAAUAUUCUCCAACGUCGGCUUCAAGUACUAUCUGGAAAGUCCCAUCAGUUCGUCCCAGCGACGGGAGGAUGACCGGAUAACGUACAUCAACAAGGGACAAUUCUACGGCAUCACGCUCGAGUACAUCCACGAUCCGGAUAAGCCACUCAAGAGUCAGACUGUCAAGAGCGUCAUCAUGCUGAUGUUCCGCGAGGAGAAGAGCCCCGAGGACGAAAUCAAAGCCUGGCACUUUUGGCACAGUCGGCAGCACUCAGUCAAGCAGCGGAUACUGGAUGCCGAUACGAAAAACUCCGUAGGUCUAGUCGGUUGCAUCGAGGAAGUGUCACACAACGCCAUCGCCGUGUACUGGAAUCCACUGGAAAGUUCCGCUAAGAUUAAUGUUGCCGUCCAAUGUUUAAGUACAGAUUUCAGCAGUCAAAAAGGUGUUAAGGGCCUACCACUCCACCUGCAGAUCGACACGUUCGAGGAUCCACGGGACACCAGCGUGUGCCAUAGGGGUUACUGUCAAAUCAAAGUCUUUUGUGAUAAGGGUGCUGAGCGUAAAACACGUGACGAAGAGCGACGUGCUGCGAAACGCAAAAUGACUGCUACUGGACGGAAAAAGUUGGAUGAACUCUACCAUCCUGUUGUGGACCGGUCCGAAUUCUACACGAUGAGCGAUCUGUUGAAACCUCCUGUACUGUUCACACCUUCGGAGGACAUUGAUAAGCUCGCCUCGAUGGAUUUGCAGUUCUACGGCCACGACGCAGACUCGCUUUCUGGAGGUUCAGACAACGUCAAGUCGCCCUUCUUACUGCAUGCCAACAAAGCCACUACACCUACCCUCAAGUUCCACAAUCACUUCCCACCAGACGUGAAUACUGACAAAAAAGAUCCCAGCAUCAUCAUGGACGGAUCGAUGGUCAGCAACAUGUCUGAAUUCAGUCCGCAGAUCAAGCGACAGCGGAUGACCCCGCCAUUGAACGAGCGGGUAAUGCUGUACGUCCGUCAGGAUAACGAAGAUGUCUACACGCCCCUACACGUAGUUCCACCGUCGACGGUCGGGCUUUUGAAUGCUAUUGAAAAUAAAUUCAAAAUUUCGACGUCGAGAAUAAAUAAUAUUUAUCGCAAAAAUAAGAAAGGGAUUACGGCGAGAAUUGACGACGACAUGAUCAGACACUAUUGCAAUGAAGACAUCUUCAUCCUGGAGGUCCGACAGUACGAGGAAGAUUUGUACGACAUCACGCUGACGGAACUUCCGACGCAUUGAAAAUAGAGAAAGGCGAAUAACAUUCGGUUAGGUGUAAGAAUUUUACUUUUUUGUUUUCGUAGUAAUUUCAAUUUUCGAUAAGAAGGUUAAAAUUUUUGUUCGACAGUGCCUUAGAAGAGACAUUUAUACGUUUAAGUUGUACAUUGUUGAUAUAGGAACCCCGAAAACUCACUCGUGAGCAGCGGCAGAUGAAUAGCACUCGUACGUUUAAGAUAUUGCACGUUUUUAGUUCGUAUUGACCUGUAAUUGAUUAGAUUUAUUUAUUUAUUUGUAAACAGAACAAAAUGAUACUUAAAAUAAGAUCUGAAGGAUGCAACAUCGUAAGCUCCUCAUGGCAAGAGAUUCCGUGGACAGAAACGUAGUAUUUUGGGGAGCAAACUUUCUUUUUAAUAUCCAUCGAACGCAUUUAUCGAACCUAGUUUAAUUGCAAUUUCAAUGAACAAAACAAGCUAGAAAUCCACUACAAGAUCUCAAAAUAUUUGUAUUUUAUGCGGGCAUCACUAGAGCGAUCGGAAUCGAUCAGACCUGGCAGGUGCCCACAAUUUGUUUUGCUCAACUGUUGGAACGAUUGUUUGGAUUGAUUAUGGUGCGCUCAUUCUCCCCAGGCCACCAUGAUUGUGUCAAUGCCAUUUAAAUUGCUGCUUGCCAAUCGUUCCAAUCAGAGUAGAUUUCAGCCAUAAAUUUUUAACAAUUAGAUUUUAAAGAUUAUCUUUUGUCUUCUCCUGCGGAAUGAGAAUUAUUCUUUGAUUCUAAAUCAUUUUACGAUUGAACGUACUUUACAAGACAGAAUCAUAGCAUACUAAACUUUUUGUACAACAAAAUAGUUUUUCUUUAUUAAUAGCUGGUAGCGAUCAUCCAUCGGUUGCAAUAUUAACAAUAAUGAUUCCAACGUAACAAUAGCAUAGAAGGAUAAGAGUAACUUUUAGGAUCGUAAGUUUGAAGCGCUCAUUUUACAUUCCAUGACAGAGUUUAUAAUUUUCAUUCCACGCCUUUUCUGUUAUUCUUAGCCCCAUCAUCGUACUUCUACUCUCGAAGCAUUCCAAGAAAGCAUGUUUUAACACAUCUUUAAAAUAAUAGUAAGAGUUACUUUUAAGGAAACCCCUCUGAUGAAACUGCCAUACUUGAGAAUACAAAUAGUGAAUAAGAACGACGUCUAUCAACCUUGACAUCUAGUAGAAACAAUACAUUCAGCACUAAUUGAUAAGUACCUGAGAGAUUUUAAUCGAAAUGAGACAGAAAGGGAAAGUAUUUUUAAAGCGAGUGCAGUUUUUCAAAAACCGAACUGCACGUGACAGCGAAACACGAGUAAUGCUAAUGUGAUAUUGAAAAGGAACGCUACAAGAUUUUCGUUAUCUAAACAAACAAAAAACUCACUCGAAUGCAGGCCACUAGUGGACUUACCGCAUUUCCGCAGAAACACAAAAGUGCAAACAUUCUUGCCACAAAUGAUUCAGAUAAUCGUGCCCAAACGUCAAUUGCCAUACAUAUGAUCAUUUCCCUCCUCAAAAAGUCCUCGGUGGCCAAACUGCACAAAGCACACAAAUACACACGAGCGCACAACUUUCCACAAGUUGAGUUUUGAAAACAUACUUCCGAGCAACGCUAUUCGAAGUUAACUUUAGUGAGUAACUUGCGAUGGAACGCAAUUUGCCGCUCCACACAUCGCAGAAGAAUAUUUGCAAUAUUAAUUUUACUAAUCUUAAAAGAGACUAGAACAUAGUUACAGUAUUUAACACGGAAAACAGCUACAUUCCUGUUGUGAAAAAUCUUCUACUCACGUAGGUAACCGACUAUAAAUGAUUUCUUUUGGUGGUGGAUGACGGUCAACUUUUUGAUAAAUUCUUCUGUAUUCUUUGUUUUAUUGUUCCCAUCUCUAUAAUUUUAAUACUAUUCUCAGUAGUUAAACGAUAAUCACAAAAAGAAUGCAGUAAUGAUUUUCUUAUAGUAGAAACAAGUUUUGCCAUUACAUACACGAAGAAGAAUAGUCUCGAACUAUUGGACAAGCAUGAGAAAAAAUGUGACUAACAAAUAGGAUAAGCUAAAUGAAGAAAAUUAUCAUUCCAAUAGUAAGGUAGUUAAGAGAUUUAUAGUAGAAAAAAUUCGUUUCUUAUUAUGAAAGUAAAUUUCAAAAUUUUCUAUUGUUAUAUUUUAUGAAUAUUGAAUAAAACAUGAUUUUUACUAAA